AUGUACCGCAUUAACAGGAUAAAACGGUUCGAAGCCACGUUCAUCACCUUUGCAUUGCUGAACGCAGUUUAUUGCUCCGUUUGGGAUCUAGCCAUGGACUGGAGUUUAGGAAACCCGUAUGCAAAGCACCCACUUUUACGAGAGGCGCUAGCGUUUCGAAGGCCAUGGGUGUAUUAUGUGGCAAUGGGCCUUAAUGUCAUUGUGCGCUUCAAUUGGAUAUUCUACGCUAUAUUCACCAAGGACAUUCAGCACUCAGCCGUCUUGAGCUUUGCGGUUUCCUUUGCCGAGAUCUGUCGGAGGGGUGUCUGGACAAUAUUCCGAGUGGAGAAUGAGCAUUGUACAAAUGUCCUGCUUUUCCGAGCGUCCAGGGAUGUCCCCUUACCCUAUGAAGUACCAUCACCGCAGGAAGAAACCGAUCGCCCAAGUGAGGCGCAAUCUCAUGAACAGACUACAACCGCGGUCCAACAACCCUCUAUAGAUGUCGAGCAUGGGACACCGUCAACCCCUGGCGCGUCGCUGCGUGCUCGUGGGAUAUCGCGUGUUGGAACGAUGCUGGCCUCUGCACAUGCGCAAGAUUUCGAGCGCAGAAAGCGGCCAGAUCAAAUGUCUCCAGCUAGUGUGUCUCGCGGCACGGCUGAGAGCCCCGACGACUCCAGCGACGAUGACGAUUUUCCAGGAGACUCCAAACCCUACAAAGAUGCCAACGAUGUCAUUGACGAGGAGGCCCCGUCUCGAGGCUCUCCAAAGCAUUGA